AUAAUCAAAGUAAUGGAUGAAGAUCUGCGGCAACCCAAGAAAUCAAAGACGUCCAAGUCAUUUCCUGUGUCUUCAAGGUUGGCGUUCAGGUGUUCAAACCACAUCCGAGAGGAUCACGGUCAACCAAUUUUCGGAAUUUCAUUCAACGAAUUUUUUCCCGCCACUCAACAUCCGAUCUUCGCCACAGCUGGCAGCAACCGCGUCAGCGUUUAUCGUUGUCUUCCGGGCGGAGAAAUCGCGCCCCUCCAGAAAUACGAAGACCCGGAUGUUGAGGAGAUUUUCUACACUUGCUGCUGGUCAUAUGACGUCGAUACGAAAGAGUCGCUGCUGAUUGCGUCAGGAGCACGAGGCGUCAUCCGGGUAAUUAACACGUGCACCCGCCGCUUGGUCCACUCCUUACUCGGUCAUGGAAAUUCGAUUAACGAUUUAAGGAUUCACCCUCAUGACGUCAUGAUUCUGUUAUCGUCGAGCAAGGAUCACGCCCUUCGAUUGUGGAACGUGAAGACAGGAGUGUGUGUAGCUAUUCUAGGCGGCGUCGAUGGACACCGCGACGAGGUCCUCAGCGGAGACUUCGAUAUCCACGGACGUUUUGUGUUCUCGUGUGGAAUGGAUCAUGCACUAAAAAUGUGGUCACUGGAGACUCUGAAUUUGAAGGAGAAGUUGGCCGAGGCUCGUGUGUAUGACGAGGCGUCGGCCAGCCAGUCGUUUCCAACGACAACGGUUCAUAUUCCGCAGUUUAGCACACGCAGCGUCCAUCGUAAUUACGUCGAUUGCGUUCGCUGGUUUGGAGAGCUCGUGCUGUCAAAGUCGUGCGAGAAUGCGAUCGUGCUGUGGAAGCCCGGCUCGGUGACAAAGAAUCUCGACGAUCUGAGUCUGACCGAUUUGAACAUGUAUGCGACCGUGCUGCAUCAGUUCGACUUAACCAACUGUGACAUCUGGUUCCUUCGUUUCUGUCUUGACUUUGAGAUGCGAGUGCUUGCUUGUGGUAAUCAGUCGGGGCGCAUAUUCUUGUGGGAUUUGGCUGUUGAGGAGCCGGGGUUGGCGAAGCACACGCAACUGUUUCAUCCGCGAUGCGAGUCGGCCGUUCGACACGUCGGGUUCAGUAGCUGCAGUCGCGUUUUGAUAUCGGUUUGUGACAAUGGAACGAUUUGGAGAUGGGAUAAGAAGUAGAGUGAGAUAAACGAUGUAAAUUGCAAUGAUGGUAUGAAACAAGCAAUAAGGCUUCACACCUUU